AUGCACUUUGGAUUCGCCCCCUUUGCUCUUGGCCCUCUCACAUGUUUAACAGAUUCUCUUGCUCAACCUGCAUGCUUACCCGUUCGGUUGACCGUGAACUCUAUCGAUUCUGAAACAGAUCAGGGAGAUUUGAGAACACGGUUGGUCAGUGUCUGGGAAGUGCAUCUUACCGAUCCCCUCUUACCACUGUUACUCGCUGUCAGCUUCCUUGGAAUCGCUGUCAAUCGACACCUUGUAUCUCGUCAUUCAUACAUCCUGCAGGCUUUUGGCUUUUUAUGUGAAUACCGGCGAAACCGAGGUCGCUGCCAGGAGGUGUACUACAACAUAGCCCGAGCAUGCCAUCAAAUGAGUAAGUACUAUGAUGUCCCGUCUCUCUUUUCUCUCACCCUUGAUCUCCUUUUCUGA